UUAGCCGUGGACGAUGCGGUCACUGUGCGUCGGCGCUCCGACUGGAACCCAUUUUCGGUCGAGAUGCCCUAAAUCCGACCUCUCUAGAAAUCUCUUUCUUCGUUCUCCCCCUUUCCAGAACGAGGGCGAAACAAUCCGAGCACAGAUCAAAACCAACACCUCCCACUGAUCUCCCACCCAUUUGAACCGAAUCAGAUCGAACCCAGAGUUCGCGAGAACUGAUCGAGAAGGUAUCCUCGAAUCGAGACCAUCCGGUAAAGGCGCGCGCGGCGAUGUUCUUCUUCUUCGCGGGCGGCGUGGAGCAGGGGGCGGGGCGGGUGCUCAAGGAGGCGGCGGGGCGGUGCCUGCGCUGCGGCGGCGCGGCGGACCUGGUGGAGACCGAGAAGGUGCUGAAGCUCUUCUUCGUCCCGGCGUGGCGGUGGAAGGGCAAGGACCCCGCCUACCUCUGCCGCGAGUGCGGCCUCCUCGCGCCGGGAUCCCUCGGCGGCGGUGGCGGCGAGCCGGGCGCGCUCCUCCCCCGCGCGGACCGGUGCGGCGCCUGCAGCCGCGCCGUCGACCCGCAGUUCCGGUUCUGCCCCUUCUGCGGCUCCGCGCUGUGAUAUGCGUGGCCGGCGACCUGCCUCCCAGAGGUGAUGCUUCUUUUUUAGACAAGACAUAGUGCUAGAAUUGUACAGGUUGUGUGGAAUUUAUGUUUGUCGUGUGCUCGAUGUAAUAUGCAAUAAGAUGGAUGGAAACCAAAUAAAGCAGGAGUUGAUCAA